AUGGCGCAGCAUGACUUCACUCCAGCCUGGCUUAAUUUUCCCACAGCACCCUUAUCAGCCCAGGUACCGUAGUGUUUGUGUGUAGCCUAUGUCCAGUCCAAUGUGUGUCUUGUCUCUCUGGCUGUGUGUAUGUGCACAAGAUAUACUGCCUGCCCUCUUGUGUAGACACACAUGUUGUCUUCUGUUCAUUUCAGACACACGUAUAAAACGUGAUUGUUGUAUGGAGUAUUUGUCAGCCUGACAGUCUGUCUGUGUGUUAGCCCUCUCAGGUCUAUGACAAGCCUUUCGAGUCUCCUGCCGAACGUCUGGACAGCCAAGGGGAUGUGAGUCGCAAACGACACAACUCAUCAGAUGGCUCAGAGUCUGUCAACAGACACACUGAGGGUAUGGAACUAACUAAUGUCUGAAGUAGAACAUAUAUUAAUGUUGGCUAGAAUUAACUAAUCAAGAGCUGGUUUGACACCUUUAUGUGCCUCUCAGUCAACCACCUACUUGUCUGGCUGUCUGUCCAUCUCGCAGCCCAUCUAUUCUUUAUCUACCUAUCAUACUUCCAGUAUCUAUCCAUCCAUGCGUUUGUCUCUGUGAGAUAGAGGGACACUCUAUACUCAUUGGUAAAGCCAAAUUGUCUGAUUCACAGGAGGCUACUCCAGGAACGGAUGGAGAGUCCGGAAUGGCAGCGAGGGCUCGAGCUCAUGCUCUCCCCUUCAGCAAGGCGGACCCCCGCCCCGCUCCAAGAGCAAAGGCCUGCCGGAGGACCAGCGAGGCCAUAGGGACGACGGGGACAAACGCAAGCAGUUUGAAGCUGAAGACUUUGUGAGUGGUGUAGUAAGGCAGCCUAAUGGGGUUGUGACUACCUUAGGCUUUUUUCUUACGACCCAUCAAGUAGUCCUAAACAAAAACAAUGUUUUAAAGUUAUCACUAGGGCUGUUAAGGUGACCGUAUUACCGCCACACCGGCGGUCAUGAGUCAUGACCACAGUCAAAUUCUAUGUGACCGUUUAGUCACGAUAACUAGGCUUCUCCAAAACUGCGCUCUGAUGCUGCUGAUGGUCAUUAGUAGCCUACCAAACUUGCUAAUGGCCUGGUACUCAGCGAUCUAUUGUCUUUCUAAUCACUCUGACAUCAAUGCAAGUACAAUCGAAAAUCAAAUCAAACACUUCAUGAGAGCCCAUGAGCUUGUGUUGCGCAACAUUUCUAUAGGCUAUGCAAUUGCAUGAGAAAACAGUUUUGAUGGCCUCUAAGAGGAUCCCAUCAGCUUUUUCUAUAGGCUUACUAUAUUUAUUUCUCAACUUUCCAAAUAUUAAGCACAUUGCUUUGCUUUACAACAGGAGUAUUGCCUACCUGGCUGGCAUGAAAAUGAACCGUUGGAAAAGCGUCCUCCAUUCGCUUUUUAAGUGCAUAGAUGACAUGUACACUACAUGACCAAAAACUCGUCGAACAUAUCAUUCCAAAAUCAUGGGCAUUAAGAUAGAGUUGGUCCCUUUUUGCUGUUAUAACAACCUCCACUCUUCUGGGAAGGCUUUCCACUAGAUGUUGGGACUUGCUUCCAUUCAGCUACAAGAGUAUUAGUGAGGUUGGGCACUGCAGUAGGGCGAUUAGGCCUGGUUCGCAGUCGGCGUUCCAAUUCAUCCCAAAGGUGUUCGAUGGGGUUGAGGUCAGGGCUCUGUGCAGGCCAGUCAAGUUCUUCCACAUUGAUCUCGACAAACCAGUUCUGUAUGGACCUUGCUUUGUGCACGGGGCAUUGUCAUGCUGAAACAGUAAAGGGCCUUCCCUAAACUGUUUUCACAAUGUUGGAAGCACAGAAUCGUCUAGAAUGUCAUUGUAUGCUGUAGCGUUAAGAUUUCCCUUCACUGGAACUAAGGGGCCCAGCCCGAACCAUGAAAACAGCCCCAGACCAUUAUUCCUCCUCCACCAAACUUUACAGUUGGCACUAUGCAUUGGGGUAGGUAGCGUUCUCCUGGCAUCCGCUAAACCUAGAUUUGUAUGUCGGACUGCCAGAUGGUGAAGCUUGAUUCAUCACUCCAGAGAACGCGUUUCCACUGCUCCAGAGUCCAAUGGUGGCAAGCUUUACACCACUCCAGCCGACGCAUAGCAUUGCGCAUGGUGAUCUUAGGCUUGUGUGCGGCUGCUCGGCCAUGGAAACCCAUUUCAUGAAGCUCCUGACGAACAGUUCUUGUGCUGACGUUGCUUCCAGAGGCAGUUUGGAACAAUGGUAGUGAGUGUUGCAACCGAGGACAGACAAUUUUUUAUGCGCUUCAGCACUCGGCGGUCCCGUUCUGUGAGCUUGUGUGGCCUACCACUUCGUGGCUGAGCCGUUGUUGCUCCUAGACGUUUCCACUUCACAAUAACAGCACUUACAGUUGACCGGGGCAGCUCUAGCAGGGCAGAAAUUUGACACACUGACUUGUUGGAAAGGUGGCAUCCUAUGACGGUGCCACAUAGAAAGUCACUGAGCUCUUAGGAACGGGCCAUUCUACUGCCUAUGUUUGUCUAUGGAGAUUGCAUGGCGUUGUGCUCAAUAUUAUACACCUGUCAGCAACGGGUUUGACUGAAAUAGCUGAAUCCACUAAUUUGAAGUGGUGUCCACAUACUUCUGGCCAUGUGUAUAGCCUAAUGUUUGUAUCACAACUAAAGUUGCACAAAUAACUAUAAAUUAAGCAUAUAGGAGGACCUGUUUCCUUGCUCAACACAGAAUAACCGCAUGUGCGCACUCCCUCUGAAAUCUUUUGGAGAAAAUAUCCUUUCUAUUUUAUUCAGCAAUGUUCAAUUGUAUUCUUCAUACUAUAAAAUAAUGCCACGGAAUUCUAAGCAAAUCUUGUCUGCUAAAUGAACUGUGUAGCCCAAAGCCAUGUGGCAUAGCUAGAUCAGGGCCUAACAUAAGUACAACUCAGAAUAUGCUAUUCUGUUCUUCUGAAAUAGGCUACAUUUUCUUCAUAUCAUAUUUCUUUAGACCUGUCUAAAAUAAAUAAUGGAUUUAUUGUGAUGGUGUAGGCUAUAUUAAAUGGAUUUAUUAGACUUUUUUAAAUGUAGAUGUUCCUACGGUCUGCAUCAGUGGCUUGUAGGCUAUGCAUUGAAGCCAGGAGAUGCUAAAUUUGUUUAUGUUAAUUAAUGGUAAAUUACUGUGAGACAGGCAGUUAUUUGCAAGACAGUCACCGGCUGACAAAAUUUCAUGACCGCCACAGCCCUAGUUAUCACCCAAUCUGACUCAAAUGGAAUCAGCCUUGACCUAUUGGUUUGGCAUAUGCUCACGCCAUCCUCCCUUCAGGAAACACUCAUCAGUCUUUCUUCCCCAAAUGCCUCAUCUUUAAUAUUAUGUUAGUGUUUUUCAAAGAUAUAGAUUGUGAAUUUUAUCUUAUUCUUUCCAAACCCUUUGUUUUUGCCAUGUCUCAGAUGUAUCCUACUCAACAACAUGCUAGUGUACUAAGAUGCAUGCUGUUUUUCUUUCAGCCCUCACUCAAUCCUAAUGCAGAACGAGAGGUUAACCAUAAAGCUGUUGCCACUGGAGUAUGGGGUGAGCUACCAGUGUAUUAUCUCUCCAUUCUCCAACUUGAUUUGACUUUGAUGCAGUUUUCUCCUUUAGUUGCCCUUUUUGGACCAAAUAGUCUUAAUACCUAUUUAAUUAAUAUAUUAUUAUGAAAACUGUACCUUUAAAAAAAAAAAAGUACUUAUAAGGCAAAUUGAAAAGGUGUUCCAUCUUUCAUUCUGCUCUGUCUGUUCAGAACACCCGCCCAACCCUCAAUCCAGGGGCUCUAAAAUGAUGGUGAUCAAACGCGUCUCCAAGGAGGAGCCCACAACAGCAACGUCCUGCACGGCCACGCCCCAACAACAACAAGCCUUGUCCCGCAACGGCCCCUCCAUCUACAAGGCCCCCAUCCCAAACUCUGUCAGUCUUCCAGUUAAGGUGAGAUUGUCAGGUCCCGGUUGCAUAAAACAUUUAAAGUCCCUUAAAGUCUCCUUAAAGGCCCAUUGCAGUCAAAUAAGGGAUUUUCCUGUGUUUUAUAUAUACAUUUCCACACUGAGAUUGAAAUGGUACUAUAAAAUUAUGAUAAUUCCCUUUUAGUGUAAGAGCUGUUUGAAAAUAUAUUUCAGCCUGUUGUGGUGGGAUGGAGUUUUGGCCUGCCUGUUGACAAUGGACCAUUAAGAGUUCCAAAACCUUUCUGCCAAUAACGGCUAUUUUUCAGUUUUCCCCUCCCCACUCAGACCACUCACAGACAGUCCUAGCAAAAUUCUUGCUUGAGAAAUUGAUCUUAGCUAAGAAGCUAUUUUAAUUGAAAAAGAUCACAGUAAGGUACUUAAUUGUUACCCAGAAAUGUUUUGAUAUUGAGAUAAAAACAUUCCUCACAAGACUGGUCCUUUGUAGCUCAAUUGGUAGAGCAUGACGCUUGUAAUGCCAGGGUAGUGGGUUCGAUCCCCGGGACCACACAUACGUAAAAAUGUACGCACACAUGACUGUAAGUCGCUUUGGAUAAAAGCGUCUGCUAAAUGGCAUAUUAUUAUAAGACUCAUGAAAAGCUAGCCCGGUACCAGUUUAAAAAAAUGGAAGUAUAUAUGCAGUGAGGGGAAAAAGGAUUUGAUCCCCUGCUGAUUUUGUACAUUUGCCCACUGACAAAGAAAUGAUCAGUCUAUAAUUUUAAUGGUAGGUUUAUUUGAACAGUGAGAGACAACAAAAGCAGGGGCAGGGGGACCUUGCGGGCGCUGCAGGAUUUCAGUCCUUCACGGCGUAGUGUGUUACCAAUUGUUUUCUUGGUGACUAUGGUCCCAGCUGCCUUGAGAUCAUUGACAAGAUCCUCCUGUGUUGUUCUGGGCUGAUUCCUCACCGUUCUCAUGAUCAUUGCAACUCCACAAGGUGAGAUCUUGCAUGGAGCCCCAGGCUGAGGGAGAUUGACAGUUAUUUUGUGUUUCUUCCAUUUGCGAAUAAUCACACCAACUGUUGUCACCUUCUCACCAAGAUGCUUGGCGAUGGUCUGGUAACCCUUUUCCAGCCUUGUGUAGGUCUACAAUCUUGUCCCUGACAUCCUUGGAGAGCUCUUUGGUCUUGGCCAUGGUGGAGAGUUUGGAAUCUGAUUGAUUGAUUGCUUCUGUGGACAGGUGUCUUUUAUACAGGUAACAAGCUGAGAUUAGGAGCACUCCCUUUAAGAGUGUGCUCCUAAUCUCAGCUCGUUACCUGUAUAAAAGACACCUGGGAGCCAGAAAUCUUUCUGAUUGAGAGGGGGUCAAAUACUUAUUUCCCUCAUUAAAAUGCAAAUCAAUUUAUAAAAAUGUUUACAUGCGUUUUUCUGGAUUUUCUGUUGUUAUUCUGUCUCACUGUUCAAAUAAACCUACCAUUGAAAUUAUAGACUGAUCAUUUAUUUGUCAGUGGGAAAAUGUACAAAAUCAGCAGGGGAUCAAAUACUUUUUUCCCUCACUGUACAGGCCCGUCUGAAGUUUGCCAAUGAACAUCUGAAUGAUUCAGAGGAGAACUGGGGCAAAGUGUUGUGGUCAGAUGAGACCAAAAUCGAGCUCUUUGGCAUCAACUCAACUCGCCAUGUUUGGAGGAGGAGGAAUGCUGCCUAUGACCCCAAGAACACCAUCCCUACCGUCAAACAUGGAGGUGGAAACAUUAUGCUUUGGGGGUGUUUUUCUGCUAAGGGGACAGGACAACUUCACCGCAUCAAAGGGACGAUGGACGGGGCCAUGUACCGUCAAAUCUUGGGUGAGAACCUCCUUCCCUCAGCCAGGGCAUUGAAAAUGGGUCGUGGAUGGGUAUUCCAGCAUGACAAUGACCCAAAACACACGGCCAAGGCAACAAAGGAGUUGCUCAAGAAGAAGCACAUUAAGGUCCUGGAGUGGCCUAGCCAGUCUCCAGACCUUAAUCCCAUUGAAAAUCUGUGGAGGGAGCUGAAGGUUUGAGUUGCCAAACGUCAGCCUUGAAACCUUAAUGACUUGGAGAAGAUCUGCAAAGAGGAGUGGGACAAAAUCCCUCCUGAGAUGUGUGCAAACCUGGUGGCCAACUACAAGAAACGUCUGACCUCUGUGAUUGCCAACAAGUCAUGUUUUGCAGAGGGGUCAAAUACUUAUUUCCCUCAUUAAAAUGCAAAUCAAUUUAUAUAACAUUUUUGACAUGCAUUUUUCUGGAUUUUGUUGUUGUUAUUCUGUCUCUCACUGUUCAAAUAAACCUACCAUUAAAAUUAGAAACUGAUCAUGUCUUUGUCAGUGGGCAAACGUAUAAAAUCAGCAGGGGAUCAAAUACUUUUUUCCCUCACCGUAGAAGUAGUUUACUGCAACGAAAAAAGUGUAGCACUUUUUUUUGUUUACUACAUGAUUCAAUAUGUGUUAUCAUAGUUUUGAUGUCUAAACUAUUAUUCUACAAUGUAGAAAAUAGUAAAAAUAAAGAAAAACCCUGAAAUGAGUAGGUGUGUCCAAACUUCACUGAUACUGUACUUCCAUUCAUUUUUUAAAGAUGGUACCCAGCUACCUUCAGACUAGUUAUGAGAGGCUUGUGGGCAUCCUAGAGCAAAGCAAUCGACAUGUACGUGUUCUUGAGAGACUCACCUUCCCACAGAUGGGUCAUAUUAUUGUGUAGCCCAAACUGUUCAGACGCUACAGACAGAAUUUGGCAGAUCGGCUGUACCGACUUCAGACGAGUCCCGUACACCAACGUGUUCGUGGGAGUCUCAUCUUUCCAUAGAGGGCUUGAUAGUUUGUACGCCAAACCAUUCAGACACUGACUUUUUCCACAUUUUGUUACGUUACAGCCUUAUUCUAAAAUUGAUUAAAUCGUUUUUAUCUCAUAAAUCUACACACAAUAGCCCAUAAUGACGGAGCUCUAUGGACAAUUCCUUUGACCUCAUGGGUUGGUUUUUGCUCUGACAUGCGCUGUCAACUGUGGAACCUUUUAUAUAGACAGGUGUGUGCCUUUCCAAAUUAUGUCCAAUCAAUUUAAUUUACUGCAGGUGGACUCAUAUCAAGUUGUAGAAACAUCUCAAGGAUCAUCAAUGGAAACAGGAUGCACCUGAGCUCACUUUCGAGUCUCAUAGUAAAGGAUUUGAUUACUUAUGUAAAUAAGGUAUUUCUGUUUUCAUUUUUUUAUGCAUUUGCAAACAUUUCUAAAAACCUUUUUUCUCUUUUGUCAUUAUGGGGUAUUGUGUGUAGAUUGAGUAAAUUUGUUUAUUUAAUCCAUUUUAUAAUAAGGCUGUAAGUGAACAAAAUGUGGAAAAAGUCAAGGUCUGAAUACUUGCUUUCUGCUGCUAGCUAGCUGCUGCUGUUGCGCAGCAACCAAGUUACUGGUCCCUGUUUUAGAACUCUGAGAUUCAGCUGAAAAGAUGUUAGCAUUGUCAGAAAUGCUACAAAAAGUUAGCACAUCGUUGGUUCUUAGUGGACAGAAAUCAGCACGUGAGAGCUAAAACAUUUUAUAAAAACUGUUGCAUCUACAAACUAAGUAAAUCAGAUUUUUCUUUUAAUCCAAUGUUCACUUUAGAAUUUGAAAAUAGGUAGGCGCAGAAAAUACUCAAACUCAAUUGCUAACGCCCUGGUAAAAAACCUGGUAUGUGGUUCUCUGUAUCGGCCGGACAGCUCAUGACGAGAGGUGUGCUGUGUAUUUCCAAUCAAGGUGAUUUGCGAAUUUUCAUCAACAUUGGUGUCAUAUUGGCUUAGAUAUGAUGAUAGGGAGAUUUGAAUGUAACAUUGAGCUUCAACAAAUGCAUAUAUUUUUGUGGGGAAUAGCCCACACAAUAAUUGAUUGACUAAUUGCUGUUUUCUAGGCGAGUCGCUCCAGCUCAUCGUCCCCAGUGAACAAGGGCAGUCAGCCGCGGCUCAUGAUGCGUCUGACACGCAUGCGCUUGGACCGCAAGAGCCACUUCCUCAAAGCCCUCAAACAGGACAUGGUGGACGAGGAGGACCUCCAUCAUAACUGCAAGGUGUGUGCGUGCCUGCGUGCACGUCAUGCACAGAGAAACUCUACUUUUCCUCAUCAACAAAUGUACAGAGAAAAAGGUUUAAAGGUGUAUGUAUCAGACCAACUUAACUGACAUCACUUUGAAUGGCUAGCAUACAAAUAAUUAGUUUUUGUAACAGUUACCCUUAGACUGCGAUCAUAACGCCGUCUUUGAUGCCUUAUGCAUCUGUAUGACAACCGACUCAGUCAUCCACCCAUAAUUGUAUCAUUUUGAAAUGGUUAUGUCAAUGAAAAGUCAGGCUCAACAUUGUACUCUUGUCUGUGACAGGUAAAAAAAAAUGUUGGACAAGUAGAAUAUAGAUUUAAAUUGUCCGAAUGGACAAGUAAAAAUUGUCACUAUCAAACAAUUACUCCGAUCACAAGUGUAUCAAAGUGUCCUCUGCAUGCGACAUGUUGUGCGCUGUUCUCCCAAUUUCUGCAGAGUGCAUCGGAGUAGAAUUGUUAGGGGCUAUUGUAUUGACAGGCACCGCUUUUGCCAGUGUAAAAAUAUUGUAAUAAUUAUAUUCUGUAGUCCAGUGGUCACCAACCGGUCGCUCUUCAAGGCAUUCCUAGUUGAUCACCAAACAUUUCUGUAGAAAAGCCAAUGAAAAAGGCUUGCGUUCCUUUCUUUUUUUUUUUUUUUUGGCGCUGUUGGCGGUAGGUGCACUUGAUUCAGAAGCCCUGCGCACUGGACUUCUGUUCCCAUUUUGGGAUCUGUGGCUAAAUCAAGUGUGCCUACUGCGCUGGCCGAUCGGAUAGCUCAAAUCACUGUGCCAACAGCUUCCUCGGCCACAGCAAAGUUUGAUACGUGAGAUUUCAUCACUUUUAAAAACAUGACCAGAGAGAGGCUGUCAAAGAAUACAGCAAAGAGCUGCUGUUUUUAUGAGUGAGUUCAUGUCUAAGUUUUUAUUCAGCACUGUCAGCACAAAUUACUAAACAUAAAACGCGCUUCCACUUGUCCUGCAGCUGCAAUAAAUGAGUAGCCAAGUGUAUCGAUAGCCCUGCGUUUUUAUUAUUACUAGCAGCUCGUCGUGUCUAUUUUAAUAUCGAGGAAUAUUUCACUUUCUCAGGUCAUAGGAACAACAUGAAUCUGUGCAUGAGGCAGAUGCGGUGCGACUCCAGUUUCGCUAUUAGGUGGAAGACUGGGUCCACUCUCUCUGGUCAGUCUCACCUGAGGAAAGUGUUGUGGUAAUUAUUCUAAUCAAAGGAGAGAGACUUUGUUAUUUCUUCAAACAAUCAUUCUUUAAUAUUGAUGAUUUAAUGAUUGCAAUAAUGAAGCUGGCCGAUCUCACACUGAAGUGUGAUGCUGAGAGCUCCACGAGCAGAUUCGGGUUACACCUUUUAUAGCAAAGUACAUCCUCCUCAAUGUUCAUGACAAACAACAGAUGCGUGGAAUGGGUCAAAAGGUUAGGAUUUGUAUGAAAGCAAUGAAUAAUUCACAGCAGACAGUAUCUGCUGUGAAGACUGUUCUCAUUGUAUGGAAACCAGGGUUUGGCCCUCAAGACGAGGUUCUUAUCUUAUUCAUAACAGAUCUCGUCCUUGAUACCUUAUACACACAGACACCAAUCCAGUCUAUGAAAUGCAGGCUCAGUCAGACCGGAGACAUCUCCCUCUCACAGACCACUAAUCAUAGAAUGCAAUGUGGCUGUUGGUUUUAUCACCUAGCCAUCACUUAAUCAGUUGCCAGCCCAAGCUUCAGAGGCUCCUCUCAGUUCACACAAAUACAGAUGAGCGAGUUCUAACAACCCUAUUCUAUUGCAUAAAACAACCAUUCGAUGCAUAAACAGUAUUAUAACAAUUUUGUAAUUUCUCCACCACAAUCCCCAUUUUGAGACUUCUCAACUUAAAAGAAAAUUACAAGGUUUAAAAUACAUUAAUACACGUAUUCAAACCUUAUAAGGCAGCAGGUCACACCACACACACACACGUGAAUAGGGUGAGUGCUCUGCAAUACUGAGGCUGGUCGACCCCACACUAUUGCACUAGUGAACUCAGCAAAAAAAGAAACAUCCUCUCACUGUCAACUUUGUUUAUUUUCAGCAAACUUAACGUGUAAAUAUUCUGGGACAUUUCUGGGGGGAAUGGCCCUAGCCCUCACAUUCCAAUCCAACAGGUCCCAGACGUGCUGAAUGGGAUUGAGAUCCGGGCUCUUCGCUGGCCAUGGCAGAACACUGACAUUCCUGUCUUGCAGGAAAUAACAAGCAGUAUGGCUGGUGGCAUUGUCAUGCUGGAGGUUCAUGUCAGGAUGAGCCUGCAGGAAGGGUACCACAUGAGGGAGGAGGAUGUCUUCCCUGUAAUGCACAGCGUUGAGAUUGCCUUCAAUGACAACAAGCUCAGUCCGAUGAUGCUGUGACACACCGCCCCAGACCAUGACGGACCCUCCACCUCCAAAUCGAUCCCGCUCCAGAGUACAGGCCUCGGUUUAAUGCUCAUUCCUUCGACGAUAAACGUGAAUCCGACCAUCACCCCUGGUGAGACAAAACCGCGACUCGUCAGUAAAGAGCACUUUUUGCCAGUUCUGUCUUGUCCAGUGACGGUGGGUUUUUGCCCUUAGGCGACGUUGUUGCCGGUGAUGUCUGAUGAGGACCUGCCUUACAACAGGCCUACAAGCCCUCAGUCCAGCUUCUCUCAGCCUAUUGCGGACAGUCUGAGCACUGAUGGAGGGAUUGUGCGUUCCUGGUGUAACUCAGGCAGUUGUUGUUGCCAUCCUGUACCUGUCCCGCAGGUGUGAUGUUCGGAUGUACCGAUCCUGUGCAGGUGUUGUUACACGUGGUCUGCCACUGCGAGGACAAUCAGCUGUCCGUCCUGUCUCCCUGUAGCGCUGUCUUAGGCGUCUCACAAUAUGGACAUUGCAAUGUAUUGCCCUGGCCAUAUCUGCAGUCCUCAUGCCUCCUUGCACCAUGCCUAAGGCACAUUCAUGCAGAUGAGCAGGGACCCUGGGCAUCUUUCUUUUGGUGUUUUUCAGAGUCAGUAGAAAGGCCUCUUUUAGUGUCCUAGGUUUUCAUAACUGUGACCUUAAUUGCCUAUCGUCUGUAAGCUGUUAGUGUCUUAACGACCGUUCCACAGGUGCAUGUUCAUUAAUUGUUUAUGGUUCAUUAAACAAGCAUGGGAAACAGUGUUUAAACCCUUUACAAUGAAGAUCUGUGAAGCUAUUUGGAUUUUUACGAAUUAUCUUUGAAAGACAGGGUCCUGAAAAAGGGACAUUUUUUGUGUGUGAUUUAUAUUACCAUUAUAAAUGACCAUCCGUUGGUUCAUUGAGCUUUUUACCUUAACAUAAAAUUAUCCUUAAUUGGGAACGAUAUAAACAUUAAAAUAUCGUUAAGAAAUUCUCAGCAAUGUAAAUCAUUUUUCAUCAGUACGAAACACAAUCAUCAUGUUGAUACUGAGCACGCUCCCAUUGGUCAGCAUGGUGGAAAUAACUAUUUCCAUCCCCAUAACACCAUCUGUAGAAACUAAAAUGUGCGUAUUUGUUGGACAAAUCCAGGUAGUGACUCCCGGUUUAAGUAACAUUUAUUCUGUUUAGGGCCUAAUGAAAAUGACCCAGGACAAGCAUCAUGAAUCCACUAUAAGGCAACACCUAUGGACUCUGUUUCAUUAGCAUAAACCUGCUAUAGUUCCUGAGUAUUAUGAUUAAAAUAAAAAAUGUAAUUUGGUCAUGUAUAUAGGUCAAAUAGAUUAGGAUCAGUUUCACUCUCAGGAUCAGAGUUCACCCUCUCCAUUCACCAGGACAUGCUGAGAAUAGUGUCAAUAUCUUUAGUACACAACUUCUUUACCCGCGUCACAAUAGCAUAACAACAAUCAAAACAAUCAAUCCAUAACAUAUUAAUUGCUUCACUCAUAUGAUUAUUAACAAACUAAAAACUUACUCAAAUCAAUUAGUCAGUUUUCAAAAAAUCAUUCAGUUUCCAAAUCAUAAUCAAAACCCUAUUUUAGUUAUCCAAACCAAAUGUAGAAUGACAAUGCCUAGUGAUUCACAUUGGUCCUGUCACUCAAAGUUAAAACCCUCAACUUAGCACACAUCGACACUGAAUGUACAUUUAUAUUAACAUAAUUACAGAUCAGAAUCUUAAUGCAUUCUUAAUCUAAAUUACUGUAAGUUUAGCAGUGUGUAGUCCUCCACAAUCAACCUGAUACCCCAAAAUAAACAAUUUUAGACAAGCCUAAAGCAGUUAUGGGCACAGUUGACCAACACCCUCCUUCCCCGGCACUCAAUCUUCUGGUGUCUCUUCAUUUUCUUCUUCAGAUAGCAUUGUAGUUCAAAGUGGAUGGCCCAUGAUAAGUCCCAAUUUCAUUGUCUCACCUGGGCCGCCCACUACCUUUACCACCCAUUACGUCUUGUCCAUUUGCCAACCAGUAUACCAGCAACAUGAGAGAAGUUUGGAACUGAUCUCUCGUCAUGCUCACCACACGUGGACUCCUGUCGCACUCCUGAGAGAAAAGGUAUGAGAGAGAAGGCAGUUGAUAGCUUCGAUUGGAUGCUGUGUACAGGUUGCUGGCUCGGACUCAGGUCUCACGGUAGAAGUGGUGCAGGACCAUACUGAACGGCAUUUUCUUCAGCCGGUCAGAGGGGGUUUUGAGGUUCAGACCGUUUUUGGCCGAAUGAUCCCUUUUAUGCAUCUAGAUACCAUCUGUAGUCACCUUCACCAUAACCUCGGGAGAGGACAGAUCAGAACAACAGUUUAGUUCAGUUCAUUUCUGAUUCAGGGAAUCCAGACAAGCAUUGACUGUAUGACAAAUUAUUACUUUUACCAAUAUUCUUAAUACAAAUUUCUAAGACAAGAAUAACAACACGUUCUGUUGAAACUAUUUUUUAAAUUGGCUUGUACUCCGCUAUCACACUGUUGACCUCACCGCAGAGUCACAGGAUCAGGAAGUUAGACCGCUAAUCCUUAGGGAGUAAUCUCGAUCAUCCAUCAGACCCAAUCUGGUGAGAUUUGUAUCGAAACAGAACAAACAACACAACAAUGCACUCCUUCAUAUAUCACUCGAUACACUUCUAUAUAUCACUCAAGGUGUGUAAAACUUCAAUCCAAAAACCUUCAGAGGACCAGUAACACCUCCAUUUUGACACGACUCACAUCGUGAUUAAAUAAUAAAUAAAUAAAAAUGAGUCACUAAAUUAACACCACUAACAUAUAUUCAUAACAAGUGUGUUGUGUGUGGGUAUUUGCAAAAACAAACAAAAAUGGGCAGGCCUUAUUUAAUUUGGGCGCUCCCUUUACGGCAGAAUACGGAUACCUUUAUACUUACAAAACUGCCGAAUUUCACUAACUGCUCUCCCCAAGACCAGUCUCGGGAAACAUUUCAAAGAGAGCGAUAAUGACUAACCCCUCUCCUGGAAGAGAAAGUGUACAUUUCGUUAAUAUCCACUCUGCUACAUCUUAAUCAGCAACCCAAAAGUUGUAAUUACAAACAAAACAUGAUAAUGAUUAGUCCACUGUACUCCCUCCAAUCAUUAAUUGUUUGUUUUAAUCCACCCCAAUGUUUAUGUAAUCUUAUUUAGACACAACGACAUUUAUCUGACUGGUCUCUCUUUUCCCCAAGAUUUUCCGUAUCCACCACACCACAAUGCCCUUCAUGUUCAUGAACAAACAUUUUAAAAGGUAAUUUUAGGUUUGGUAGCCCCAAUGCUGUUGCUUGACAGAAUUGCUUCUUAAAAACUUGACUAACACUUACUCCCAAUAUUAACUCCAAUCUAAUUUCCCGUAAGGUAAAGUUAAAACACAUCAGAUGGUACAGCGUCCCGUUAAGCAGAACAAACACUUUCUAAAAUAAACAAACCCAGAACCCCUUUCCAGAAAUCGUAUUAUUGUAACCUGUUGCAUUGAUUUUGUAAAAAUAGAAACCUAUUAAUUAACAAAUCUAGAACCUUCAACAAGUUCGUGCUGUCUCAUCAGCGUAAUAGUCAAAACUAACUGUAAUCCACAUCAAUUACUUUACACUGUUCCACGUAAUGGAAACAGAUUAUCAUUUUAGAAUACAUUAACUUGUUUGCUUUAAUCACUGGUGUUACCCAAACUAUAGAAUUAAGUACUAAUUAUUAGAAAUCGUCAAAGAACAUCUCCGCAUUCAACUUAGUCAUACCACUACAACAAACUUAACCCACUUCGUCCUUUACAGCCUCAUAGAGCCCAGCGAGCAUGACUCGCUUUCACCAGCGGACUAAAACAUGGAAACUCUUCUAUUCUUUCCAGUAUAAAAAAUUUAUAACAUAAAUCAUUCUCAAACAACGUUCUGUGUUUACCUCUAACGUAAGGAUUAAAAAAAUUAAAAAAUAACUUGACAACUUUCUCUACUCUUUCUGCUUCACACUCAUGAAAUGUCCAUGAGUUUAAAAUUAACAUGUAAUGCGCCAAGUUUAUAAAAUACAUCAGUCAAUCCAUAAGGAAAAAUAUACAUUUCGAUGGGUGCUAAAAUAGUUCACAAUACUAGAGCCUCUUUCAGCCCACAACUUAAAUUAAUUGUAUUAUAGCCUUGUAUUAUCAUGCAAUAAUUAAUACCCAUGUUUAGUUAUUAAUUAUGAUCAUGGUCGCAGCUCUACCACAAUUGCCUGUCCACUAUUAUUAGAAUGCAUUAGAUAUAGGUAAUAGUCCCUUCUGAGUAGACAACAGGUAAUAAAACAAACACUGACUAUUGUCGACAAGCAUACAUUCAAUAUAUAUCCAUAGUAUUAAUAUUCAAUGUAGUGAUUUAAAUUACGACCCCCAUUCUCAGUAGUUUCCACCAGCAAACCAUUAGGCAACACAAAAAAUGAUUACCUCGAUAUUGUCCAGCUAUUCAUGUUGAACAAAUUAGCCUUUCAAUUUGACCCAAGCAAGCAGCUAAAUCGUUCAGUGGGGAGAGCAAGUAUUUGAUACACUGCCGAUUUUGCAGGUUUUCCUACUUACAAAGCAUGUAGAGGUCUGUAAUUAUUAUCAUAGGUACACUUCAACUGUGAGAGACGGAAUCUAAAACAAAAAUACAGAAAAUCACAUUGUAUGAUUUUUAAGUAAUGAAUUUGCAUUUUAUUGCAUGACGUAAGUAUUUGACACAUUAGAAAAGCAGAACUUAAUAUUUGGUACAGAAACCUUUGUUUGCAAUUACAGAGAUCAUACGUUUCCUGUAGGUCUUGAUCAGGUUUGCACACACUGCAGCAGGGAUUUUGGCCCACUCCUCCAUACAGACCUUCUCCAGAUCCUUCAGGUUUCGGGGCUGUCGCUGGGCAAUACGGACUUUCAGCUCCCUCCAAAGAUGUUCUAUUGGGUUCAGGUCUGGAGACUGGAUAGGCCUCUCCAGGACCUUGGGAUGCUUCUUACGGAGCCACUCCUUAGUUGCCCUGGCUGUGUGUUUCGGGUCGUUGUCAUGCUGGAAGACCCAGCCACGACCCAUCUUCAAUGCUCUUACUGAGGGAAGGAGGUUGUUGGCCAAGAUCUCGCGAUACAUGGCCCCAUCCAUCCUCCCCUCAAUACGGUGCAGUCGCCCUGUCCCCUUUGCAGAAAAGCAUCCCCAAAGAAUGAUGUUUCCACCUCCAUGCUUCACGGUUGGGAUGGUGUUCUUGGGGUUGUACUCAUCCUUCUUCUUCCUCCAAACACAGCGAGUGGAGUUUAGACCAAAAAGCUAUAUUCUUGUCUCAUCAGACCACAUGACCUUCUCCCAUUCCUCCUCUGGAUCAUCUAGAUGGUCAUUGGCAAACUUCCGACGGGCCUGGACAUGCGCUGGCUUGAGCAGGUGGACCUUGCGUGCACUGCAGGAUUUUAAUCCAUGACGGCGUAGUGUGUUACUAAUGGUUUUCUUUGAGACUGUGGUCCCAGCUCUCUUCAGGUCAUUGACCAGGUCCUGCCGUGUAGUUCUGGGCUGAUCCCUCACCUUCCUCAUGAUCAUUGAUGCCCCACGAGGUGAGAUAUUGCAUGGAGCCCCAGACCGAGGGUGAUUGACUGUCAUCUUGAACUUCUUCCAUUUUAUAAUAAUUGCGCCAACAGUUGUUGCCUCCUCACCAAGCUGCUUGCCUAUUGGCCUGUAGCCCAUCCCAGCCUUGUGCAGGUCUACAAUUUUAUCCCUGAUGUCUUUACACAGCUCUCUGGUCUUGGCCAUUGUGGAGAGGUUGGAGUCUGUUUGAUUGAGUGUGUGGACAGGUGUCUUUUAUACAGGUAACGAGUUCAAACAGGUGCAGUUAAUACAGGUAAUGAGUGGAGAACAGGAGGGCUUCUUAAAGAAAAACUAACAGGUCUGUGAGAGCUGGAAUUCUUACUGGUUGGUAGGUGAUCAAAUACUUAUGUCAUGCAAUAAAAUGCAAAUUAAUUACUUAAAAAUCAUACAAUGUUAUUUUCUGGAUUUUUGUUUUAGAUUCCGUCUCUCACAGUUGAAGUGUACCUAUGAUAAAAAUUACUGACCUCUACAUGCUUUGUAAGUAGGAAAACCUGCAAAAUCGGCAGUGUAUCAAAUACUUGUUCUCCCCACUGUAUAUCUUAAAACAAACACUGGCUGCUAGAUCUAAGCAAAACAUACCAAUAGUUGAAUUACAAUCAGAAACCCAGAUUUUUGUCAGUAAGAUAGACCCUAUGCCUAUUGAAAUGACAAGUAAAUCCAAUUACAAUGGUUUGUUGUCUUUACAUCUGGAACAUAAUAAUGACACCAUUACCAGAAAACAGCCUUAAAGUUCGUCCAAGUGUUUCUUUGCAAAGACUAACACUUACUCAAAGGGAAUACAUUUGCAGUCAACGAGUUGAAUCGACAUUCAUUGAUUUGGAAACAGAUCUGGAGAGUUUAAUAAAAGCGGAUUAUCUUUUCCCCUGCGACAUAAUGAAAUUCCUUUAUUACACCACAUGCGCUCUGCAAUGAUAAUUAUUUUGGAAACCCUAAGUUAGGCUUUGUACUACGUUAUAAGUUACGUAGAGAUUCCACCUUAUUUCGCUGUAACUGUAUGGAAAAGGGGUUUAUUCGAUAAAUAUAUCAACUCCUCAUACGGCGGAAAAAAACUAAUUUCCAGGCCUUAUGGGCAGUUUUGUGUUUUAAUGUAUUACCCGGGUGGAGAAAAUCCCAUAAGCAUUUUAUAGUUACAUCGGUUAAUUCCCCAUACUUUACCAAAAGUGGACAUACGCCAAUCAGUUUUCUGAGACCAUUUCCCAGAUAAUGCUCUAACCUUGUCUUUAUCAAAUGAUCCAUAAACGGACCACUCUGAACCUCUCAGAAUACUUUGUACACCCCUUACGUACAUCUACUUAUGGGUGCACAAGUUGGUAUAUGAAUAUUAUACGUGUCAUUAUUACUUCAUCAAAUCUGUAGGAAUAGAUUAUACACAUACAAUUUGUCACGUUUUCAUAUAUUCACAGAAUCCAUAUAAAACGUUAGAAAUCUUAGUUACUCACACCCACCACUCCAUGUGCGUUGUCAAUGACUCUCAAUCAGAACCCAAAAACCUUGGUUUCCCGGAUGCUGCCCGGCAGGUCAUGGGAUCCUCAACGGGUCUCAACAUACCACGGCAAAGUGUAGCCUCCCAGAAGCUAUAGACAUGCCGCUACUGUCUAAAAUAACGUCCCGCGCUCAAUACCACCCUGUGAUAUUCAAUGAUGGGCAGUGAUGGACGGAGCCCCAAGAUAACUUAUCUAAAUUUAAAUAAGAUUGUUAUACACGUUUCUAUAUCUUAUUAUCCAAACCACAGAUUAAGACUUAUUUCCACAUUCACACAACUCUCAUAUCACAUUCACACAAUGCUAUUCCCAAACACACUUAAUCAAUAUUUGUAUAACAUGCAGGAAUAUUUUCUUCUAUAACAGGGCCCAAAUUUGGAAUGUCAAAUCUAUUACAUUAACAUUUUACCAUAACCAAUUUUCCCAUAAUCAUAAAUCUCCUCUAAGGUUUCCAAAUUUGGGAAACCUGCAGGGAUCGGUCCCACCAAGAUACAAUAGCCGGACCAUACCCUAAAAGACUGGCCGAAAUACAAUGUCUAGAAGUCAGAUACACCGGUAUGCGCGACCUGUUCCCCUCAAUUGAAGAUCGCCGACAUUCCUAGGGUUCAUAAUAAGAUACAUUUUUAUCUUUUCCAAACCUACUCCACGUCCCUCAGGAAUACUUUAAAGACAAUGAACACCCUUUUCUCCUAACUGCCCACUUCUUACCUAGGUAAAUAAGAGACUAUACUUCUCUUUUCAACCUAGGAUAAGGGUAACACUUAGGUACGUGACAUUUUUAUUUUCUUGCCCACUCAACAUUUUCACCUAAACUGCCCACUCAACAUUAACAAUGUUCAAUUAGUACUAUUAAUUCUGUGCACUUUCAAGUUUAAUUAUUGAAAGAAAUCAGUCUCACCCUUCAUCUAAUUCUGUUCGAAAUGAUGUAUCCAUUCAGCCGACGCUCCCAGCCAGGUGGGGAUCCAAUCAGCUCCAUCUAGUGGAGUAUGGCUUCCCCGGCUGCAUCUAAUGCAACUCCGGUGCACGGUUAACCUGGAUAUCCCCGGGAGCAAUCAGCAAAAUGAAGAUUAUCAUUCCCUCCUCAUCACCAAAUUGUUGUGGUAAUUAUUCUAAUCAAAGGAGAGAGACUUUGUUAUUUCUUCAAACAAUCAUUCUUUAAUAUCUAUUAAUUAUUGCAAUAAUUGGUAUUGGUAUUUUAUUAGGAUCCCCAUUAGCUUUUGCAAAAGCAGCAGCAACUCUUCCUGGGGUCCACACAAAGCAUGAAACAUGACAUAAUACAAAACAUUAAAAGACAAGAACAGCUCAAAGACAGAACUACAUAAAACAUUUUUUUAAAGGCACAAGUAGCCUACAUAUCAAUACAUACACACAAACUAUCUAGGUAAAAUAGGGGAGAUCCCACACUCUGAAAUGUAAUGCCGAGAGCGCCACGAGCAGAUUCGGGUUACACCUUUUAUAGCAACGUACAUCCUCCUGAAUGUCCAUGACAAACAACAUAUGUGUGGAAUGGGUCAAAAGGUUAGGAUUUGUAUGAAAGCAAUGAAUAAUUCACAGCAGACAGUAUCUGCUGUGAAGACUGUUCUCAUUGUAUGGAAACCAGGGUUUGGCCCCCAAGACGAGGUUCUUAUCAACUAUUCAUAACAGAUCUUGUCCCUGAUACCUUAUACACACAGACACCAGUCCAGUCUAUGAAAUGCAGGCUCAGUCAGACCAGCGACAUCUCCCGCUCACACACCACUAAUCAUAGAAUGGAAUGUGGCUGUUGGAUUUAUCACCUAGCCAUCACUUAAUCAGUUGCUAGCCCAAGCUUCAGAGGCUCCUCUCAGUUCACACAGACACAGAUGAGAGAAUUCUAACAACCCUAUUCUAUUGCAUAAAACAACCAUUCAAUGCAUAAACAGUAUUAUAACAUAAUCUUGUAAUUUCUCCACCACAAAAGGAAGGAGAGCGCAGGGACCGUGAGAGGCAGACACUGCUGCUCUCUGCCUCCCUCUGCUGAGACUAAUGCUGUGUAAUUUCCGACUGUUCAAGACAACUGGGAACUCGGAAAAAACAAGAUCCGACUGGGAAAAAUAGUUUUGAACGAUCAUCCAAUUCGGAAUUCCAAGUAGGAAACUCUGGGGUCUUUCUAGACCUCUGACUUUCCGACCUGAAGAUCACUGACGUCAUGAAUUGAUCUUGUUUUUUCCCCCGAGUUCCCUGUUGACUUGAAAGCACCAUGACCAUCAAGUGCUACACCAACUGAUCUAUUUUGUCAUUAAAGCUUGAAAUAUAAUAUAGUCUAAUAAUAACAAUAUUGGCAGGCCAAGCAUAUGAUGUGAUAAUGUAUUAGGCCUACUGCACAAACCUCUUUCCUACAGAACGGUUUUUAUUAGGUUAAUGUUACAUUUUUAAAAAGUAAUGUUUAAAAAAAUUAUCUGGGUGGUAGAUCUCUGCCUACUUUUUGAUUUUGAAAUCUGAGUCAAGAUCACUAAGGUUGGUGACCACUGCUGUAGUCUAUAUAAUUGUUUAAAAAACAGAAUAAAUCCCAAAGCUAAUAAUGAACUAAAAUAUAAACUCAACAUGCAACAAUUUCAAAGAUUUUACGGAGUUACAGAUCAUAUAAGAAAAUCAGUAAAUUCAAAUAAAAUCAUUAGGCCCUAAUCUAUGGAUUUCACAUGACUGGGAAUACAGAUAUGCAUCUGUUGCUCACAGAUAUCUUUUAAAAAAGGAGGGGCGUGGAUCAGAAAACCAGUCGGUAUAUGGUGUGACCACCAUUUGCCUCAUGCAGCGCAACACAUUUCCUUCACAUAGAGUUGAUCAGGCUGUUGAUUGUGGCCUGUAGAAUGUUGUCCCACUCCUCUUCAAUGGCUGUGCGAAGUUGCUAGAUAUUGGUGGGAACUGGAACACGCUGUCGAAUGCGUCGAUCCAGAAUAUCCCAAACAUGGUAUUUGGUAUUUUAUUAGGAUCCCUAUUAGCUGUUGCAAAAGCAGCAGCUACUCUUCCUGGGGUCCACACAAAACAUUAAACAUGACAUAAUACAGAACAUUAAUAGACAAGAACAGCUCAAGGACAGAACUACAUAAAAAACUUUUAAAGGCACACGUAGCCUACAUAGCAAUAUAUACACAAACUAUCUAUGUCAAAUAGGGGAGAGGUGUUGUACCAUGAGGUGUUGCUUUAUCUGUUUUUUGAAACCAGGUUUGCUGUUUAUUUGUGCAAUAUGAGAUGAAAUGGAGUACCAUGCAAUAAUGGCUCUAUAUAAUACUGAACGCUUUCUUGUAUUUGUUCUGGAUUCGGGGACUGUGAAAAGACCCCUGGUGGCAUGUCUGGUGGGGUAAGUGUGUGUGUCAGAGCUUUGUGUAAGUUGACAAUGCAAACAAUUUGGGAUUUUCAACACAUUGUUUCUUAUAAAAAGAAGAACAGAUGCAGUCAGUAUCUCCUCAACUCUUAGCAUAGAAAGACUGGCAUGCAUAGUAUUUAUAUCAGCCCUCUGAUUACAAUGAAGAGCAAGACGUGCUGCUCUGUUCUGUGCCAGCUGCAGCUUAACUAGGUCAUUCCUUGCAGCACUCGACCACAUGACUGGACAAUAAUCAAUAUAAGACAAAACUAGAGCCUGCAGGACUUGCUUUAAAAAAAAUCAGAGCAUCUCUUUAUUACGGACAGACCUCUCCCCAUCUUUACAACCAUUGAAUCAAUAUGUUUUGACCAUGACAGUUUACAAUCUAAGGUAACACCAAGUAAUUUAGUGUCCUCAACUUGUUCAACAGCCACACCAUUCAUUACCAAAUACAAUGCUCUUAGUUUUAGAGAUGUUCAGGACAAGUAUAUUACUGGCCACCCAUUCCAAAACAUACUCAGUGGGUGACAUGUCUGGUGAGUAUGCAGGCCAUGGAAGAACUGGGAAAUGUUCAGCUUCCAGGAAUUGUGUACAGAUCCUUGCUACAUUGGGCUGUGCAUUAUCAUGCUGAAAAAUGAGGUGAUGGUGGCGGAUGAAUGGCACGACAAUGGGCCUCAGGAUCUCGUCACGGUAUCUCUGUGCAUUCAAAUUACCAUCGAUAAAAUGCAAUUGUGUUUGUUGUCCGUAGCUUAUGCCUGCCCAUACCAUAACCCCACUGCCACCACGGGCCACUCGGUUCACAACGUUGACAUCAGCAAACCGCUCGCCCACACAAUGCCAUCUGCCCGGUACAGUUAAAACCGGGAUUCAUUUGUGAAGAGCACACUUCUCCAGUGUGCCAGUGGCGCCGAACUGCAGUCAGGUCAAGACCCUGGUGAGGACGACAAGCACGCAGAUGAGCUUCCCUGAGAAGUCUUCUGACUGUGCAGAAAUCCUUUGGUUGUGCAAACUCACAGUUUCAUCAGCUGUCCGGGUGGCUGGUCUCAGAUGAUCCCGCAGGUGAAGAAUCCGGAUGUGGAGGUCCUGGGCUGGCGUGGUUACACGUGGUCUGCGAUUGUGAGGCCGGUUGGUCGUACUGCCAAAUUCUCUAAAAUGACGUUGGAGUCGGCUUAUGGAAGAAAAUUAACAUUCAAUUCUCUGGCAACAGCUCUGGUGGGCAUUCCUACAGUCAGCAUGCCAAUUGCACGCUCCCUCAACUUGAGACAUCUGUGGCAUUAUGUUGUGUGACAGAACUGCACAUUUUAGAGUGGCCUUUUAUUGUCCCCAGCACAAGGUGCACCUGUGUAAUGAUCAUGCUGUUUAAUCAGCUUCUUGAUUAUGCCACGCGUGUCAGGUGGAUGGAUUAUCUUGGCGAAGGAGAAAUGCUCACUAACAGGGAUAUAAACAAAUUUGUGCCAAACGUUUAGAGAAAUAAGCUUUUUGUGUAUCUGGAAAAUUUCUGGGAUCUUUUAUUUCAGCUCAUGAAACAUGGGACCAACACUACAUGUUUAGUUUAUAUUUUUGUUCAGUUUAUUAAUCACACGCACUGGAAAAGACAGCCAUCACAGUUUUGAUGGCAAUUAUUGGAAAAAAGCGGGAUCCCAGCCUUCCAGUGAUGUUUGAUUUAUUUCUCAACUCCAGAUAUUGCACAUUUGGCAGCGUUUUACAAUCUGAGUGUAUACAGGCAUACAAUCACAGCGGGAGAGGUCAUCCACUCACCAUUCGAGCGCAUAAACGGUAGGCCUAUAUUCAUUGUAAAGUUCACACAAUUACACUGUAUUUAUAAAUACACUGUAAAAAUCACAUGAUUGUGGGAUUUAUUUAUUUUAAUUUUAUUUACAUUAAACAAUUAAACAAGCAUCAAGAUCAUAUUUAGAGUCUGGUCUAGUUAAUGAUUAGCCCAUUGGGGUAAACAAUGCAGAUGAGCAACCCCAUGCUUCAGCCAUGUAGCCACUAUGCUGCAUCAGGCUACAGGUGAUAAUGGUUAUUGCUAAAAUAGCACCCCUGCCUAAUAAUACGGACCAUGUAUAGGCCCUAAAGAUAUCACUUUUCAUCAAUAUGUUAUUGGGCUCAUUUCUGGAGGGCAAUAUUAUAUUUUAAACAGUUUUUAAUAUGUUAAUUAGGCUAAAUGUCAUCAUUGAGAGGAGGGAUGGUUUUAUUUUUGUUUUCCAAACAAUUAGUGUAAAUAUCAGAUUUUAUGGUUGGGUAUAAUAUAAGGUACUUGCCCAGACUGUAAAUGAAAAUGAAAUCACCCUCGAUUGAAAUUCUGGGUGCAUAACUCUUAUUUCCUGUGAUCUUGGCCUGGCCAGUAAUUUUCUCAUUCGGGCCAGUAGUUUUGACUUGGUACUGACCUGGUGUGCCACAGCAAAUUUACCUGAAUGUCAAGCCCUGCUUUUAGUAGAUCUCCCCUGAAACCUGAAUAUUUUAGCCUUACAAGGAUAAAGGUAAACAUGUCUUAGUCAGCUACCUUGCUUUGAAGUACCUUACAUUAGCCAUUUGAUCCCUGAUUAAUUGAAUGAGGGAAUUAUUUUUUAUGAAGACAUUUAAAAGUAUUUGGUUGAUCAUUUUAAUGUUGCAAUAUUUUACAUCCUCCAGGAGAGCUACUGGGUGUGCAGGCUUUUGUUAGAGCCCAGCUCUAACACACCACAUUGUAAAAAAUCAGCUGGUCAACAUGACCUUGAUAAGCUCACUUGGGUGUUGGAGCAAAGCUGGAUCAAAAGCCUGCAAACCCAGUAGCUCUCCAGAUGGAGGGUUAACCAUGUGUUGCAUACAAUAGCCUAACAGUGCAGUUAUUUUACUUUGUGGGGGGUUGCACCACCGAGAGCAUCCUGACUGGUUGCUUCACUGCCUGGUAUGGCAACUGCUCGUCCUCUGGCCGCAAGGCACUACAGAGGGUAGUGCGUACGGCCCAGUACAUCACUGGGGCCAAGCUUCCUGCCAUCCAGGACCUCUAUACCAGGCGGCGUCAGAGGAAGGCUCUAAAAAUUGUCAGACUCCAGCCACCCUAGUCAUAGACUGUUCUCUCUGCUACCGCACGGCAAGCGGUACCGGAGCGCCAAGUCUAGGUCCAAGAGGCUUCUACCCCCAAGCCAUAAGACUCCUGAACAUCAAAUGAAAUGGCUACCCAGACUAUUUGCAUUGCCCCCCUUUUUACAUUACGCUGCUGCUACUCCUUUUUUAUUAUCUAUGCAUAGUCACUUUAACUCUACCUACAUGUACAUAUUACCUCGACUAACCGGUGCCCCUGCACAUUGACUCGGUACCGGUACCCACUGUACAGUCGUGGUCAAAAGUUUUGAAAAGUUUGAGAAUGACACAAGUAUUGGUCUUCACAAAGUUUGCUGCUUCAGUGUUCUGAUAUAUUUUUGUCAGAUGUUAUUAUGGUAUACUGACGUAUAAUUACAAGCAUUCCAUAAGUGUCAAUUUUUUUUAUUGACAAUUACAUAAAUUUUAUGCAAAGAGUCAAUAUUUACAGUGUUGACCCUUCUUUUUCAAUACCUCUGCAAUCCGCCCUGGCAUGCUGUCAAUUAACUUCUGGGCCACAUCCUGACUGAUGGCAGCCCAUUCUUGUGUAAUCAAUACUUGGAGUUUGUCAGAAUUUGUGGGUUUCUGUUUGUCCACCCGCCUCUUGAGUAUUGACCACAAGUUCUCAAUGGAAUUAAGGUCUGGGGAGUUUCCUGGCCAUGGACCCAAAAUGUUGAUGUUUUGUUCCCCGAGCCACUUAGUUAUCACUUUUUCCUUAUGGCAAGGUGCUCCAUCAUGCUGGAAAAGGCAUUGUUCAUCACCAAACUGUUCUUGGAUGGUUGGGAGAAGUUGCUCUCGGAGGACGUGUUGGUACCAUUCUUUAUUCAUGGCUGUGUUCUUAGGCAAAAUUGUGAGUGAGCCCACUCCCUUGGCUGAGAAGAAACCCCACACAUGAAUGGUCUCAGGAUGCUUUACUGUUAGCAUGACACAGGACUGAUGGUAGCGCUCACAUUGUCUUCUCCGGACAAGCUUUUUUCCAGAUGCCCCAAACAAUCGGAAAGGGGAUUCAUCAGAGAAAAUGACUUUACCCCAGUCCUCAGCAGUCCAAUCCCAGUACCUUUUGCAGAAUAUCAGUCUGUCCCUGAUGUUUUUCCUGGAGAGAAGUGGCUUCCUCGCUGCCUUUCUUGACACCAGGCCAUCCUCCAAAAGUCUUCGCCUCACUGUGCGUGCAGAUGCACUCACACCUGCCUGCUGCCAUUCCUGAGCAAGCUCUGCACUGGUGGUGCCCCGAUCCCGCAGCUGAAUCAACUUUAGGAGACAGUCCUGGCGCUUGCUGGACUUUCUUGGGCGCCCUGAAGCAUUCUUCACAACAAUUGAACCUCUCUCCUUUAAGUUCUUGAUGAUCCGAUGAAUGGUUGAUUUAGGUGCAAUCUUACUAGCAGCAAUAUCCUUGCCUGUGAAGCCCUUUUUGUGCAAAGCAAUGAUGACGGCAUGUGUUUCCUUGCAGGUAACCAUGGUUAACAGAGGAAGAACAAUGAUUUCAAGCACCACCCUCCUUUUAAAGCUUCCAGUCUGUUAUUCUAACUCAAUCAGCAUGACAGAGUGAUCUCCAGCCUUGUCCUCGUCAACACUCUCACCUGUGUUAACAAGAGAAUCACUAACAAGAUGUCAGCUGGUCCUUUUGUGGCAGGGCUGAAAUGCAGUGGAAAUGUUUUUUGGGGAUUAAGUUCAUUUUCAUGGCAAAGAGGGACUUUGCAAUUAAUUACAUUUCAUCUGAUCACUCUUCAUAACAUUCUGGAGUAUAUGCAAAUUGCCAUCCAAAAAUCUCAGGCAGCAGACCUGGUGAACAUUAAUAUUUGUGUCAUUCUCAAAACUUUUAGCCUCGCAAUUGUUAUUUUACUGCUGCUGUUUAAUUAUUUGUUACUUUUUUUUUUCUUUUUUUUUCUAGGUAUUCUUUCUUAAAACUGCAUUGUUUGUUAAGGGCUUUUAAGUAAGCAUUUCACCUGUUGUAUUCGGCGCAUGUGACAAAUACAAUUUUGAUUUGAUUUGGUUCAUGUUUUUCUGCCAUGCGUAAUAUGUGUUAGGCUAUGUAUUGUGUAAGGCACAAUUAUAAUUUUAAUUCAGGGUUUUUUCUGUCUUUGGCUCAUAAGCCUAUGCAUUAGCUCUAAUAUGCCUAUGGGUGUUUAGAAUUAAUCAUCAUCUUUAGAAAGUACUGUCCAUUGCUGUUGUACUUCUUUCAUCAAAUUGAUCAUCACAUUGAGGUGAGUUUUGAAAGCAGCAUACUGUUUGAAGUGUUUGUGAUUUUCGAUUGCGUUUGCAAUGAUGUCAGAGUGGUUAGAGGGACAAAAGAGCCCUGUAUACCAGGCCAUUAGGACCUGAUGGUCUUUUGCAAAUUCAGUACUACCAAAGCAUUUCCAGAGUGCAUAAGGGGAGAGUACCGUGACUCAACGGUCAUGUGGAAUUGUACUGCGGUCAUGACUGCUGGACAAGUGGCUAAAAUAGUUAAUGUCAAGCCCUGAAAGUUGUGAAAUAUGACACAGCCUUGACCUUUGCCCUCUUCACGCUCAGGUUGACGAGGGCUUCUAUCUGCAGAACAGCAACGUGGGCCGCGGGGACGAGAACCAGAACCGGUGCGAGCACAGCGUCUCUCAGGAAAACGGCAACACGACCACAAUAACCAUGAAGCAACAGGUGCUGUGCUCUUCCACCUUCCCCCAGCAGGAGGUGCUGUCCAGCUCUCUGGAGGCAGAGCAUAGGUAAACACUGGCCUGUUCUGACAACAGUAACACUUCUAGCUUGCUAGUUCCUAUCUUCUGUCAGGAGUUUGCUGAUCUGAAGCAACUGGAUAGAUUUUUUUUUUAAACCAUAUGGCAGAAGCUUCCAUUUAGCCCAUUGGAUGGCUAGAUGGAGCCAUGUUUCACACACUGCACACAUCACACAUAUCCGACCCCUUUAGAUCUGCAUAUAGUGAAGUGGUUGGGGCUAGUAGUGUUGUUGUGGAGGAGCAACAUAGCAAGUAGGUGUGGUGAAGCGUGCUCCCCUUUUGUCUGGCUCAUGAUUGCAGAGGCACAAUUUAUAAAAAUUAGAAAUCCUCAAGGUUCACUUUUAAUGGUGGCUUUCGCUCUCUCCCAGGUUAUUGAAAGAGAUGGGUUGGCAGGAGGAGAGUGACAAUGAUGAGACGUGUGCCCCUCUGACAGAGGACGAAAUGAGGGAGUUCCAGGCUAUCAGUGAACAGGUAGUUACUCUUCCACCCAUUCAUACUACAGUAUUGGCCACUCCCUUCAUAGUACUCAUCUGUUACUGAGCUCGUUUGUCAUAAAGCACUCAUUACCUUGUCACGUGAUGUGCCCUCAUUAAACAAAUCAUGAUAGUUUACAAUAACCAUUCUUACAUUUCUGAAAAAACGCCUUUAAAAAAGUUUCAAUGAUCAUAUUGACGGUCACCUGUCAUGGCAUUUGUUAACACUCCAGCUGUCUGAAUGCUUUCUGACAGCCAUUUCCAAGUUCAUUGCUGCUUACAUUUCUAAUUUCAAGCCCCUUGUGCUGAAACCAGUCCCCCACCCACCCUAACCUCACCCCACCCCACCCGAUUGUCGUCUUUCCUCUCCAGCUGCAGAAGAACGGUCUAAGGAGAAAUGGCCUCUUGAAGAACAGCCCUCCCAUAGACUCCCUGGCCGUGUGGAAGACCAGCAACCUCAAAAUGGCCACCGACACCACGGAGGAGACAGAGACCAGCAGCAGCGACACCUCUGACGACGAUGCCUAA